CACUUUUCUUCCCAUCUAUCACUAUCGUGCCACUGCGACUGGCCUCGCUUCAAAGAUGGCGUCCUUCAGGACGCGAGUGGAAGAUGUGUAUCGUGGGGACGAGAUGAAGAAAGUGCUUUUCGAGGAGAUGCUGGCUGAACUUGAGGAACGCACCAGAGAACGCGAUGCUGCGAGAAGUGAACUGGACAUGGCUAAGGAUACCGCACGCAAUUACUACCAACGCAUGGUCCAGGCAGAAGCAGACAAAUCCCACGUGCAAACAUCUACGGUUCCUCUCAGGUCGACUUCAUCUACAAAUAUAUGGCUGACAUAUUUCAGGAUUGUGACAGAUUCUUAUUGGUCUUGAUUGACGGCGACAGCAUGCCGUUUCUCGAUGAAUUCCUCCCAAGAAGUAUCGAGGGUGGCGAAGAUGCUGGCAAGCACCUCCGGUCUGCUGUGCUCGACUACUACAAAACAAACGCCAAGUUUCAUGCUGACGAUCGAAUCAUCAUACGCGUCUAUGCCAACGUACGUGGACUGGGUCGGACCUAUAAAGCGGCCAAGAUUAUUCCCGAGGAGUCCAUCUUUGACCAAUUCAUCACUGGCUUCAACAAGAGCCAUCCACUCUCCGACUACAUCGAUGCUGGUGCGCACAAGGAAGCUGCCGAUUCCAAGAUGAAAGCAAACUUCGAGCUCUUUUACCGAAACCGCCACUGCCAGCACAUCAUGUUUGGGGGCUCCGCAGACAGCAGUUAUGCAGGCUUUCUUGGUCCGUAUACGCUUCCAGGCACCAUCAAUGACCGAAUCACCAUGAUCGAGGGUUCGCCAUUUCCCUAUGACCUUCGCAAAGUUGCCCAGGGUUUCCAACAGGUCUCACUUGAGACCAUCUUCAGAGCCACCAAGAUCCAGGUUGCGAACGGCAGUCAGGUCGUUGCCGGAGUCAAAAGACCUGCCGCCGAGAGCCUGAUGCCAUCUCGAGAGCGUCAGGCACCAGUCACGUCCUUGACAUCGUCUGAUGGAAAAUCCCGGCAAGCCGCGCUCAGUCUCACACCAUCGCCAGUCAUCUACCAAAACCAAUACGGCCAACGCCUCGAUAUACCUCUGCAUCCCGAUAAGGACUACCUCAAAUUCCUAUACGAAAAGAAUUCGCGGCUCUGCAACAAUUUCUACCUAAGAGGCCAUUGCCCUUACGGAGCCAACUGCGAAUGGGACCAUUCCCAGAAGUUGAGCCAGGCGCAGCUUGAUACAUUUCGAUACAAGGCGAGAACGUCCAAUUGCCGCAAUCCUUUCUGUACAGACCCUACUUGCUGUCUCGGUCAUAUGUGCCCUAGGGGGAAUACAUGCAACAUCGCCCAGUGCAAAUUCCUCCCAGAAAUGCACAACAUCGAUGUCAGCCACGUGUUUCAGUAUAACACCGAAACCAAGGAGAGAAAGGAAUUGAAGCCUUCCUAGGAGGAAUUGCAGCGACAAUCUUCGAUCCUCCAUAGUCCAACAGCCGGAUGCAUGGACCUUACACCUUUCGGCAAUCCAAUCACUCGCAGUGUUACAAACGCCGUGGAAACAGUCAAGCUGUUUGCACGAAGUCAGACUGCCCCGCGCCGCCGGUUAUCUCGGACUUUUUGAUCUUCCGAAAUAGAUCAACAAGGUUCGUACCUUCGUUGGUAUCGACUGGCCACGGCUUCCGAAGCAGCUCGAGGCUUCAUACUGUAGGAGCAUAACUCGCUCCGACAUUUGGUGGUCGGAUGGGACACUUCCCUUACUGUUGCAUGCUGAAAAAUACCCCCCACGCAUUUUUUCUUUUCCCUUCAUUGCUGCUGUGCUCCGACCCUGCGAACCACUCUCGAAAAGACAGGAUCCUUCCGCACCGUGCUGGCAGAGUGGCAAGCAGGCUGCAAAGUAUGCCGGCCAUAUCUUGCAUUCUGGAUUAAAAAAGCCAAAACUGUUAUAGCAAUGAAAAC